CUAGCAUUGCUACACUCAUCUCUGCACGAAUGGAAAACCUUCGUUUCGAACCGUGUCAGUGAGAUUUUGCGCCGCGUACCGCUGGCGCCACAUCCCGUCGGCCGAUAAUUCCGCCGACGCUGCGUCUCGUGGCCUGUUGCCCGCCGCGCUCGUACAGCAUGACUUAUGGUACCACGGACCCUCGUGGCUACAUCUUGGUCAGAACUCCUGGCCGAUUCAAACUCCCGUAAGAGACACGUGCGAAGAAAAACGCAAUGUAUCGGUGUGCUCCAGCGCGUCAACGGCACCGCCUAUACAAGAUGUUGAUUUCAUUACGCGAUUUUCGAAAAUUUGUUCGCGUCAAUGCACUAAUCUUUCGGUUUUUCAACAAUUAAUUUUACCUAAAAAACACCCUCUAACUAAUCUUAUUAUUGACGAUGCACACUUAUGUAAUUUACAUGCCGGACCGCGGUCCGUUCGCUACGCGCUUUUACAACGCUAUUGGAUUUGUUAAGCCGUAACAUCGUCCGGCAGCGCAUACAUCGCUGUGUGCAGUGCUUCCGCGCUCGCCCGACGCACAAUCAACCGCGCAUGGGACCGCUCCCUGCAGUGCGUGUUCGCCCCGCGCCACCGUUUGUAAAGAUCGCGGUAGAUUUUUCUGGUCCAUUUUACGUGCACACCAAUAAAGUGCAUAAUGCAAAAAUAAUAAAAUGUUACGUGUCACACGAGUUGUAACUAUUAAAAUGGGAAAUUCCCUUUAUAAACGACCCGAGGUUAAAAUAUGUCCUCUUGCCUUGGAGUAGUUGAAAUCAUUAGGAAUUUAUUAGUUGAUUAAGAUUUUAAGCUUUACGUCCUUUCGAUAUUAGUUUUAACUUUUGAAUAUUAAAAGCAACCACGUGCUUUUAACGUGAGCGGCAUGUUCCGUCCCGUAACAGUUUGUUCUAAAAUACAUAUUUAUAUUAUUAUUACUUUUUAUUGUGAAUAAUUUCUUUUCUUAUUUUUUGUUCUCUGAGUACGUAACGCGACACAAUUUGGUUUAUAUGUAUUAUUCAUUUCUUGUUUUUCUUGUACUGGGUCUGCGACAUAUUGUGUGUAUCGGAAUGCACCAUUUCCGUGGGAAAUGGUUCUUCGGCGCGACACUAGCGCCACCGCCUGCUGUUAGUGCGGCAAAACAACAGAAACAGAAUUUGUCACGCGAAGCCGAUGUCGCCGCGUCGGCAUGCACAUAAAAUUUAAACAGUGUGUAAAGUCUCCCCUUUCAUAUAAAAAACUGGAAGAUAGUGACAGUGACCUAUGACUUUCUACAUGUGAAGGAUAGAUGAACUGAUUCUGACGGCAAUACUCAUCCUCGACCAGGACCUUCGGACGUGGAUGCGGGACGAUUCACGCGCUGCGGAGGUGUCGGGUCCACGGACGGCACGAUGAGGAGCGGUUCGUGAGGUGCGGCGCGCAGUGGAAGCAUGGCAGCGGCGUGGUGGGUGUGCGUGUGGGCGGGCGGGCUCUGGGCUGCGGCCGGGUGGCGCGGCGCCGCGGGCGGCUGCGGCGUGGCGGAGUUCGCUUGCCGCGCCGGUCCCUGCGUCCGACUGGACGCGUAUUGCGACGGCGAGCCGCAGUGCGCGGACGGCAGCGACGAGCCACCGCACUGUACACCCUGCAACCGCACCUACUACGGUCGCGCCGGCGUCGCGUACUCGCUGGCCGUCCGAGGGCCCCCGCGCGCUCCCUUCCUGUGCCACCUCACGUUCACGGCGGGCGGCGGAGCACACGGCGACCUCGUGCAGCUGGCUUUCGACGAAUUCCGCGUCGGGCGCUACGAGCCCGCCGCGCUGGACGGCUGCCCCGACGGCUACAUGCAGGUGUCGGAGCUCGGCCGCCCCUUCACCGGCGGUUCGUGGUGCGGCGAGGCGGACGGCGCCGCCCUCUACUACAGCGAGACGGCGACGGUCACCGUCUCGGUCAAGUUGUUCCGGGUGCGGCUCGGCGAGGCGUUCGGCUUUCGGUUGCGGUACAAGUUCCUGGCGCAGCGCGAGGCGGUGGUUCGGUUCGGUGCUCUGGAAGCUCCACUGGAGCGCGGUGCCGUAUCUCCAGGAACGUACUGCACGCGCACCUACGAGGAGUGUCACCGCAAGGCGUGCCGACUACAAAGUCCUAACUAUCCUGGCAUGUACCCCAGAAACGUUACCUGCUACUGGAGCCUCCGACAAAAAGACAUCCCAACGUGCAAACACGCGAUGAUUUCUGUUCGACAGGAGUACUCCCACAAAAUGCAAAUCAAACGGUCGAUAUCGAUGGCGAGUCUCAACAAGACCGGCCGAGCGGUGAGGGCGUGGCGUGAAUGUACCGGGGAGCGGGACAGACUCAUCUUCUACGACGGCGCUACUACGGACGACCCCGUGCUGGUGGAGUACUGCGGCGGGGACUGGUUGCCGCGUGUCACCUCGCGGGGUCCAGAGAUGCUGGUCGCUUUCCACUCGUCCCCGUUCAGCGCUCCACUGCGACCCGCCGCCCCGGCCGCCCCACUCAGAGGAUUCGAACUGGACGUAGACGUCGUAUUUGCCGAUUCUGAUUCACUCGACUACGCCAGGGAGUCCAGACGUUGUGAAUUUCACGUGAAAGCAUCCUCUUCGGAGGAAGAAACGAAUUCGACGGCAGGUCCGGGGGGGCGUGGCCGCCGAGGCCGACUGCGGGCCCCUGCACACACCCUGCCGCCGAACACCACGUGUACUUGGACUUUUCACGGGCGACCAGGUGAUCUCGUUUGGAUCUAUUUCUCGAGUUUCACGCAGUAUUCGCUGGUGGAGGCGCGACGCGUCGAGAGCAACGAGCGCGAAGAGGAGAGCAGCACGAGUGCGGUGGCGCUGCGCGCCGCGUGCGCCGUGGAGCUGCGCGUGUGGGACGGCGGCGGCGAGGGCGAGGCGGGCGCGCGCUCCCUGGGACACUACUGCGACGCGCCGCCCUCGCUGUGCGCGCGCGCCUCGCUCGCCAACGCCACCCGCGCCCCCCGCCCCUGCGCGCCGCCCGACGGCUACGUGUCCGCCGCCUCGCUGCUGGCGCUGGCGCUCACCUCACGCCCCGGCACGGCCACGCACCCGCUCACCUUCUCUCUCCACUAUGAGUUCGUGGACGCGCGUCUCGAGGGUCUCCCGCUGCCGGACGACGGGAGACGAGCCCGGCCCGCCCCGGAGGAAUGCGCGAGGAGGUUGACCGCGCCGGGAUCCUUUUCCUCUCCGCGGAACGCACUUUGGUUCGGGCGUGGUGGAGCGCGACGCUUGCGUUGCGUGUAUAGAUUCGACGGGGAGGGUUCUCGUGUGGUGCUCGACUUGCAGGCGGCCACGUUCGGUCGAGAGCCUCGAUGCGCGACGCGGCCUGAUCCGGUCACCGGUCGACCGAACUGCGUGCCGGACCAGAUAGAAUCCCAUGAUGGGGAAACCGAGGCGGAGGACGGAGGGCCCACUGAUUUCGACGGGGACGAGGAUGUGCCUUUGCGUGUUCCACAUCUGCGUAUAUUUGAAUCCCCGUGGCCCGGUUACAGAGUGCCGGUUGGGUGCAUAUGUGACAACAGCAGCGCGCCGCUCCGGUUUGACGCGAGCGGCGGCGCGCUGGAGCUGGAGCUGGUGGCGCGCUCGCUGCGGGCGGCCGAGGACCACCGCCACGUGCACUUCCAGGGCUCGUGGUCACGCGAGCAGCCGCGCCUCUGUGCGGCCAGGCGCCGCCUCGCUCCCCCCGGAACGCAUUUCCGGCUCGCCUUUCCUUAUAGCAAUAGGAUAUCCGAAUGCGGAGAGACUCCAUUCUUGAUGGAGGCGCGCGGGAACAGGUCGGUGUUCCUGCGCGUGUGGGGCGAGGAGAUGACGCCAUCCGCUCCGGGGACCGAACCUCCGCCCUGUGCAACCAGUAACCGAGUGUUCGUGUACGACGCGCACACCUCCAAGUUGGUGCGCGUGAUCUGUCCGGGCGGGUCGGGCGCGGCAGUGCAGGUGUUCACCGAGGAGUGGUGGGGUCGCGGCGGACGGUCGGCAGCGCUGCUGGUAGUGUGGGCGGCGCGCGAGGCUGGCAGCGCGCGGCUGGCCUGGAUGGAGGUAUGGCGCGCCGGACAGAACGCCAGCUCGUGUGCGCACGCGUGCGGACCGCUGGGCGCAUGCAUGCCGGGCGCACUCUGGUGCGACGGCGCGGAGGACUGCCCGGGUGGUGCGGACGAGCGGGGUGCGUGCGGGGCGGGAGCGCGGUUGCUAGCGGCGCUGGGCGCAAGCGGCGCGACGGGCGCGGCGGGUGCGGCAGGGGGCGCGCUGCUCUUGCUGGCAGCGCUGCUAGUGCGCCGACGACGACGCGCCGUAUCGGACAAGCGGCUGUUGGGUGCGCUGGCGGCAGGAAGACGCCUCACGGAGGAGCUGUUGUACGACGCGUCGCGAGCCUCGUCGACCGCAUCCUCCUGACGGCGCGAGCGCUCCGUCGAGUAUAUCCACGUGGACCGCGAGACCACGGUGUGACGGAGCGCCUUUUCCUCUCUCGCGUCGACUGCUCGUCGCGUUGUCGUCGGACUGUCUUGAGUCGGUCGGUGAUUGUGUGAUGUUCGCAUGAUAUUCGCGUGAAGUGCUCAGUGAAAUCGACUAGUGUAAUUUAUUUUCUUUUUAUUUCGUUUCGUUGUGAAUCGGAUCGCGCGAAAGGACGUCCUCCCGAUGACUCAGUGGCGCGGAGAUCACAGGUGGACUCGGUCGGCGCGGGGCCCUAUUCGUACGAUAUCGUAUCCUCCACUUUAUAUAUAUUUGGUUGUGUAAAUACACAGUAGUUAGCCAGUGCACGGCCCCGACCGUGGAAGCGUCCCCCGUGUCUCCUCGCCGUGAUGUCGUAUGUACAUAUGUAUGUGUGUGUACAUUUGAUUGUAUAUUAGUACCAUUGACGAUCUGUCCCGUCCCUUGUUCCAUUUCAGUUGAAUUCUACAAUAAACACCUAGUUCUAUGAACUGAUUAACACAUA